UCUUCAGGCCAAUUGAAGCUCGACCAUACCCAGCCCUUUCCCCUUCCCAUCCUCCAAGACCUGCUCUUUGUUGAUCCGUUUUCCUAUCGUCGACGAAGAACUUCAGUAUGGCUGAGCAGCUGAUUCUCAAGGGAACCCUCGAGGGCCACAAUGGCUGGGUCACCAGCUUGGCUACCUCCAUGGAGAACCCCAACAUGCUCCUGUCCGGCUCCCGUGACAAGACCCUCAUCGUCUGGAACCUCACCCGCGACGAGUCCCAGUACGGUUACCCGAAGAAGUCUCUGCACGGCCACUCCCACAUCGUGUCUGACUGCGUUAUCUCCUCCGACGGUGCUUACGCCCUGUCCGCUUCUUGGGACAAAACCCUGAGACUCUGGGAGCUCUCCACCGGCACCACCACCCGCCGCUUUGUCGGCCACACCAACGACGUCCUCUCCGUCUCUUUCUCUGCCGACAACCGCCAGAUUGUGUCCGGCUCCCGCGAUCGCUCCAUCAAGCUGUGGAACACCCUGGGCGACUGCAAGUACACUAUCACCGACAAGGGCCACACCGAGUGGGUGUCUUGCGUCCGCUUCUCUCCCAACCCCCAGAACCCCGUCAUUGUCUCCUCCGGCUGGGACAAGCUCGUGAAGGUCUGGGAGCUCUCCACCUGCAAGCUGCAGACUGACCACAUUGGCCACACCGGCUACAUCAACACCGUGACCAUCUCCCCCGAUGGCUCCCUGUGCGCCUCCGGUGGCAAGGACGGUACCACCAUGCUGUGGGACCUGAACGAGUCCAAGCACCUGUACUCCCUGAACGCCAACGACGAGAUCCACGCCCUCGUCUUCUCCCCCAACCGCUACUGGCUCUGCGCCGCCACCGCCUCGAGCAUCAUCAUUUUCGAUCUCGAGAAGAAGACCAAGGUCGACGAGCUCAAGCCCGAGUUCGCCUCCACCGGCACCAAGCGCCGCGAUCCCGAGUGCGUGUCUCUCGCCUGGAGCGCCGACGGCCAGACCCUGUUCGCUGGCUACACCGACAACAUCAUCCGUGCCUGGGGCGUCAUGUCGCGGGCAUAAGCGCGUAAUGCUUCUGCUGCUGGAAAAGAUUCUGCGACGGUGGGGAUGUAGAAGGAGGUGUAUGUGCGGUAGAACGUGUGGCUACUUGACUGCUGCUACUGCUCGGAAGACCAACGCAUCAAGGGUCGGGUAUUGACGGUUCAUGGUUUUCGUGGGGCGUACAAGGACUGCUUGCCUCGUUUAUGGUCUUUACAACAAAUGGGUGAAUGGAGGGGGCCAAACAUAGCCAAAAAAGAAAUGCCAUUUCGACGUCAACUUCAGGUUGUGCAGAAGAAAAAUCUGGGCGAGGUUUGCAUCUCUGAUCGGCUGAAUGAUGACUAGAUCAGGUACCCUGUUGAAAAGCCAAAAACAAAACUUCGAG